CGUUUCUCCUCAGGCUCUCCACUGUCUGCGGCAUUCCUGGAACGUUCUGGAAGGAAGCAUGUGCUCCAGAGGUUGGGAUCGGAGUCUGGCUCUGGAACUGCUACUGCUGCAUCUGUUAGUCCUCGCUGCCAGCAUUCAAGGUGAUUCGGUACCUGUUAUAAACGCGGUCUCCGGCGGCAGUGUGACUCUGAACAUCUCCCAGAGCCUACCUGAGAACGUCCAAGGAAUAACUUGGUUUUGUACUUAUGACCUGAAGAUUGCAGACUGGGAUGUCAGAAGACUUAGGUACUAUGAAAAUAAAUUUAAAGGCAGGGUCAGACUCGAUUCUCAGAGUGGUGCACUGUACAUAUCUAAGGUCGAGAAGGAGGAUGCCAACAUCUACAUCAUGAGGGUGUUGAAGGAGACCUUGUUUGAGCAAGAAUGGAAGGUCAGGCUGCAGGUGUUCGACCCUGUACCCAAGCCUGACAUCAAAAUUGAGAAGACAGAAAAAGCGGAGGAUGGCUGUUAUCUGAAACUGUCAUGUGUGAUACCUGACGAGUCUGUAAGCUACACCUGGUACCGGGACAAAGGGCCCUUCCCAAAGGAGUUCCAGGGCGGUGUGCUGGAAACCACCCUCAAGUCACAGGAUUCCUCCAGGUGUUACACUUGCCAAGUCAGCAAUCCCGUGAGCAGCGAGAAUGACACGGUCUGCUUCAGUCCACCCUGUACCCUGGCUCGGUCCUUUGCAGUAGAAUGGAUUGCAAGUUGGCUAGUGAUCGUGGUGCCCACCAUUCUUGGCCUGUUAUUGACCUGAGAUGAGCUCUUUUACCUCAAGUGAAACUUCGAGGCCAGAGGAUCUUGCCUGUCAGUAACCAUGCUCUUCACCGGGACCGAAGCUGUACAGGAGGAGCCGAAGUGUGCUGCUGAAUCAUCACUGAGAAUUUUCAGGUUAACGUUUAAAAACUGACUGUGACUUAGUUUCAUAUCUCCUUUUAGUUUUCUAGUACAAGCAUUUUCCCACCAAAAAUUGUAACAACACUAUGUGAAUGUUUUGUUUUUUUAAAAAUAAACCCUGGAUAUGAUUGCCAACUAACCGGAUUCCUGAAGUUUUCCCAAAUCUUUCAGACAGUGCCUGCUCCAUCAGCCGGGAGAAACUGGAAUCUGAGAACACAGGGAAGAGCCUGGGGCCGUAGGCUCCUGUGUGGCAGCUCAGCCGAGAAACCAAUUUGCGGUACCUCUGAUCCUUAUUCCAAAAUCCAUGCCAAGCCUCCCGGGGUUCCGGCUCCCCUGUCAAGCCUUCGCCUCCUUUCCAGUGGCUUGCCUUGCUCUGGCCUCUCUGAGGCCCACUCUCCUUGAGUCUCCUGCAAACAUAGGUUCAGGCUUGCACCCUCAGAAGGAUGGAUGCAGCUGCAUCUCACUUUGG